GCUGCUGGAGACGUAGAGGACACAUGCCCCGCUGUUCUUUAUAAAACCGUGCUGUCUCUCUCCUCUGCCUAUACCCAGCGGUGGCAGGCAGUGUAUUGAACUUAGUCGUGUGCCUUUUCUUCAUCAAAAGCAAAUUCGCUUGCAUCUAACAAAAUGGUGAACUUUACCGUAGACCAGAUCCGUGGCAUCAUGGACAAGAAGUCCAAUAUCCGGAACAUGUCCGUGAUCGCGCACGUGGACCAUGGCAAGUCCACCCUGACGGACUCUCUGGUGUCCAUGGCCGGUAUCAUCGCCUCAUCGCGCGCCGGGGAGACCCGCUUCACCGACACGCGCAAAGACGAACAGGAGCGCUGCAUCACCAUCAAAUCAACGGCGAUCUCCAUGUACUACGAGCUGGGCGAGGGCGACCUGACCUUCAUCAAGCAGUGCAAAGACGGCCCCGGCUUCCUCAUCAACCUCAUCGACUCUCCCGGGCACGUCGACUUCUCCUCCGAGGUGACGGCCGCGCUGCGCGUCACCGACGGCGCCAUGGUGGUCGUGGACUGCGUCUCCGGCGUGUGCGUGCAGACUGAGACCGUGCUGAGGCAGGCCAUCGCCGAGCGGAUCAAGCCCGUCCUGAUGAUGAACAAGAUGGACCGCGCCCUGCUGGAGCUGCAGCUGGAGCCCGAGGAGCUCUUCCAGACCUUCCAGCGCAUCGUGGAGAACAUCAACGUCAUCAUCUCCACCUACGGGGAGGACGAGGGCGGGCCCAUGGGCAGCAUCAUGGUGGACCCCGUCAUCGGGACGGUGGGGUUCGGCUCAGGGCUCCACGGCUGGGCCUUCACGCUGAAGCAGUUCGCCGAGAUGUACGUGAGCAGGUUCACCACCAAGGGCGACGCCCACCCGGGGCCUGCGGAACACUGCAAGAAGGUGGAGGACAUGAUGAAGAAGCUCUGGGGAGACAGGUUUUUUGAUCCGGCUGCUGGAAAGUUUAGCAAGUCGGCCACUGGCCCCGAUGGGAAAAGGCUUCCCCGCACAUUCGUCCAGCUCGUCCUGGACCCCAUCUUCAAAGUGUUCGACGCCAUCAUGAACUUCAGGAAGGACGAGACGGCCAAGCUGAUCGAGAAGCUGGACGUCAAGCUGGACGCCGAGGACAAGGACAAGGAGGGCAAGCCCCUGCUGAAGGCGGUGAUGCGUCGCUGGCUGCCCGCCGGCGAGGCCCUGCUCCAGAUGAUCACCAUCCACCUGCCGUCGCCCGUCACCGCGCAGAAGUACCGCUGCGAGCUGCUGUACGAGGGGCCCGGCGACGACGAGGCCGCCAUGGGUACGGAUACGGCGUCUCUAUCGCCCCCCUCAGGCUUGGAGGGGUAGGGACGCUUUUCUGCU